AUGUCGGCCGAGAGGAAGCAUGAUACCUCUGUCGGAAAUGAUGUAGCGAACCAAACGGCCGAGACCAUCAGACGUAGCUCGAAUCUGACUAUGCAGGUCGUGUUGCGUCGAGAUCUCCUCGAAAAGCUCGAGUGGCCGGUCGGGCCGUUGAUGGCCCAAGCUGCACAUGCUGCCACAGCAGUCAUGGUCAAAUACCGUGAGCAUGAGAAUGUCAAGUCGUACGAACAGGAUCUCGAUAAUAUGCGCAAGGCUGUGUUACAAAUCCCUGACGAGUCACAGCUUCUCUUUCUGCGAGACGCUUUGGAGACUGCCGAUAUCGGACAUUACCUCUGGACGGAACAGCCGUAA